CCGAAAUCAGUAUAAAAACCAAAAAAUAUUGUUAAACAAAUAUCAGUUCAAUAAGUUCUGUAAAACUAAACAAAACAAACAAAAAAAAAUCAAAAUGUUCAAAUUCUUCGCUUUGUGCUUGUUCGCUGUUGUUGCCUUGGCUGCCGCUAAACCCGGUAUUGUGGCUCCUUUGGCUUACACUGCUCCCGUAGUAGCUGCUGCUCCCUACACUGCUGCCUACACUAAUCCCUAUGCUGCUGCUUACACUUCACCCUAUGCUGCUGCCUACUCUGCCUAUCCUUAUGCUGCCUCUCCUUAUGUAGCUUCUCCUUAUGUAGCAUCUCCCUAUGCUGCUGCCUACUCCGCAUAUCCUUAUGCUGCUUCUUAUGUCUUGCGCAAGUAGAUUCGGAAUUAAAGGAUUUGAUGCUGUGAUAAGAGAGAAAGAAUUUGUUUACGGAAUUUAUUGACUGAUGAAAAAAAAAAAAAAUUUACUCUUAUAGAG